GAACCGAACCCAUCCCGCUGCCUCUGCGCAUGCUCCUGCGUAAACAAUAUGUUGGGGAAAUUAGGUGUCUCUCUUUGGGAAGUCGAGUUUUAAAAAGCUCGGGCAGACCAUGAUAUGACGACUUCACUGAUCUUGCAUCCACGCUGGGCGGAUACCUUCAUGUACGUGUAUGAGGAGAACCCGAAUGAAAAUAACCAGAAUAAAAUCCCAGCAAUGGAAGGGCUAAGUGGGAACUGCCCAGCGACCCACUGCAGGGAUUUAAUCAGUCACCCGGUAUUGGGUCGUCAUUCCAGCACCAUUGGGACUCACCAGGGUUCUGUCUACACGGAUAUACCUGCUCCAGAUGCCGCCAGGCAGUGCCCCGCGCCACCAGCCUCCUCCAACGCCACCUUGGGCUAUGGCUAUCCUUUUGGAGGCAGCUACUACGGAUGCCGAUUGUCCCAUUCCCACAACGUGAACUUACAACAGAAGCCUUGUUCGUACCACCCAGCUGAAAAAUACCCCGAGCCCAGCGGCUCCCUCCCCAGCGAAGAACUAUCCUCAAGGGCCAAAGAGUUUGCUUUUUACCCGAGCUUUGCCAGCUCCUACCAGGCGGUUCCUGGUUAUUUGGACGUAUCAGUGGUUCCAGGUAUCAGUGGCCACCCAGAACCAAGACACGACGCGCUGCUUCCCAUGGAAGGAUACCAACACUGGGCUCUUUCUAAUGGUUGGGACGGGCAGGUCUAUUGCUCGAAGGAGCAAUCACAGUCUACUCAUCUCUGGAAAUCACCUUUCCCAGAUGUGGUACCUCUCCAGCCCGAAGUGAGCAGCUACCGUAGGGGUCGAAAGAAAAGAGUCCCCUACACGAAAAUCCAGCUGAAAGAAUUAGAAAAGGAAUACGCCGCCAGCAAGUUCAUUACCAAAGAGAAGCGAAGACGGAUUUCGGCGACCACUAAUCUUUCCGAGCGCCAGGUCACUAUCUGGUUUCAGAACCGCAGGGUGAAAGAGAAAAAAGUCGUUAGCAAAUCUAAGACACCUCACCUUCACGCUACCUGACAAAGAUAUCUCUCCGGAGGGGGAAAAAGAUAAAAUUAAAAAAGAAAGGGGGAGAGAAACAAACAAACAAAUACAAAUAUUUAUCUGGUAAAUUUGUAUAAAUAACAACACGCAUUCGAACUCUUUGAAUAAUCUGAUUAUUUAAAAACACCAAGGCGGAGGGGGCGGGCAUUAAACCGCCAUCUUCGGUUGAUUUUGUCCAUGCAUUGCCGUCUCGAACUGUGAAUCCGGUCGCCCUUUUUAAACAUUCAUUUUGAUAUGGUUUUCAAUGUGCACAUUUAGCAAGGAGGGGGGUGGAGAAAGAGGGGAGGGGAGAACACACACACAUACAAAUAUGUAGAUUUGCUACGUUGGAAUCCUGAAUGUUAUUUUGUAGCUCUGUAUUAUAGUCCAAGCCUCUCCCCUUGCAGCUGAACAAAGGUUUUCCAUUUCUUUGGCUGUUUCUGUCUCUGAUGAUGUAAAGAUAAUAAUAAUUAAAAUUAAAUAGAUAAAUAAAUAU